UUGUUUUUUCUGUCGGUUUGUAAAGCGGAGGACUGUCGCCGGCGGUGUAGUUUAGUUCUUACUGGAUAAUGUGUAGCAAACUUGGAUAUGGUCGCAGUCGCUUGUAACUCCUGUAGUGUCCAGAAAGUUUCCUCGCUGUUGCUCCAGUGAUUCCCUUUGGGCUUCGGUCUCCUCCGUUCCCCGGCCGGCAGCCCUUCCCUCAGCUGGAGCCUCCACACCCACACAUGGUCUGUGCUUGGUUCUCACUCCACUGAUGAUCAGCUCGUCCUGCUCAGGGUCGUCCACUCGUUUUUCCACAAAGGUGUGGACUCUGCUAUGGAUCAGUGUGAGGACAGAGAGGAGGGAGACCCUCCCUCUGAAACCACUCUGUGUAAGGAACAUGACAGCCAGACCAAAGCUAAGAGGAGGAAGCUGGAAAAACCUGAACCCAGCUGUGUAUCCAUGAAGAGUGACCAUUCAAAGCAAGGAUUUAUUGAUUUUAAGCAUCAACCUAUAGUCUUCAAAGAUGAACACCACUCUGUUGAUCAAAGAGUGGACCAGGAGAGCUCAGAGGUUCCUGGUGGUCCCUCUGCCCAGCAGCAUCAAACACUGGACUCCAUAUUUGUGCUGCUGGAGGAGAACAUCAUCACUUUUGUGAAGAACGAGCUGAAGAACAUCCAGAAGGUUCUGAGUUCAGAUUACCCAGAAUGCUUAGAGGACCAGUGGGAGGAUGAGGAGGUGUUGGAGGGUGAGGAUGAGGAGCAGAGGAGGAGAAACAGAGAGGAGUUUCUAAAGAUCACACUUCACUUCCUUAGAAGAAUGAAGCAGGAGGAGCUGGUUGACAGUCUUCAGACCAGAACUCGUGCUGCAGUGUGCCAACGUAAGCUUAAAUACAACUUGAAGAAUAAGUUCCAGUGUGUGUUUGAGGGGAUCUCUAAAGCAGGAAACCCGACCCUUCUGAAUCAGAUCUACGCAGAGCUGUACAUCACAGAGGGAGGGACUGCAGGGGUCAAUGAUCAACAUGAGGUCAGACAAAUUGAAACAGCAUCCAGGAAACCAGACAGACCAGAAACAAGAAUCAGACAAGAAGACAUCUUUAAAGCCUCACCUGGAAGAGAUGAACCAAUCAGAACAGUGCUGACAAAGGGAGUGGCUGGCAUUGGGAAAACAGUCUUAACACAGAAGUUCACUCUGGACUGGGCUGAAGACAAAACCAACCAGGACAUCCACUUCACAUUUCCAUUCACUUUCAGAGAGCUGAAUGUGCUGAAAGAGAAAAAGUUCAGCUUGGUCGAACUUGUUCAUCACUUCUUUACUGAAACCAAAGAAGCAGGAAUCUGCAGGUUUGAGAAGUUCCACGUUGUGUUCAUCUUUGAUGGUCUGGACGAGUGUCGACUUCCUCUGGACUUCCACAACACUGAGAUCCUGACUGAUGUCACAGAGUCCACCUCAGUGGAUGUGCUGCUGACAAACCUCAUCAGGGGGAAACUGCUUCCUUCUGCUCGCCUCUGGAUAACCACAAGACCUGCAGCAGCCAAUCAGAUCCCUGCUGACUGUGUUGACAUGGUGACAGAGGUCAGCGGGUUCACUGACCAACAGAAGGAGGAGUACUUCAGGAAGAGAUUCAGAAGUAAGAAGCAGGCCGGCAGAAUCAUCUCCCACAUCAAGACAUCACGAAGCCUCCACAUCAUGUGCCACAUCCCAGUCUUCUGCUGGAUCUCUGCUACAGUUCUGGAUCUGUUGAAAACCAGAGAGGGAGGAGAGCUGCCCAAGACCCUGACUGAGAUGUACAUCCACUUCCUGGUGGUUCAGUCCAAAGUGAAGAACAUCAAGUAUGAUGGAGGAGCUGAGACAGAUCCACGCUGGAGUCCAGAGAACAGGAAGAUGAUUGAGUGUCUGGGAAAGCUGGCUUUUGAUCAGCUGCAGAAAGGAAACCUGAUCUUCUAUGACUCAGACCUGACAGAGUGUGGCUUCGAUAUCAGAGCAGUCUCAGUGUACUCAGGAGUGUUCACACAGGUCUUUAGAGAGGAGAGAGGACUGUACCAGGACAGGGUGUUCUGCUUCGUCCAUCUGAGUGUUCAGGAGUUUCUGGCUGCUCUUCAUGUCCAUCUGACCUUCAUCAAGUCUGGAGUCAAUCUGAUGGAAGAAGAACAAUCAACCUCCAAUCCUAAACUAAAACAUCUCUACCAGAGUGCUGUGGACAAGGCCUUACAGGGUCCCAACGGACACCUGGACUUGUUCCUCCGCUUCCUCCUGGGUCUUUCUCUGAAGACCAAUCAGACUCUCCUCAGAGGUCUGCUGACACAGACAGGAAGUAGCUCAGAGACCAAUCAGGAAACAGUCAAAUACAUCAAGAAGAAGGUCAGUGAGGAUCUGUCCCUAGAGAGAAGUAUCAACCUGUUCCACUGUCUGAAUGAACUGAAUGAUCGUUCUCUAGUGGAGGAGAUCCAACAGUCCCUGAGAUCAGGACGUCUCUCCACAGAUAAACUGUCUCCUGCUCAGUGGUCGGCUCUGGUCUUCAUCUUACUGUCAUCAGAAACAGAUCUGGAAGUGUUUGACCUGAAGAAAUACUCUGCUUCAGAGGAGGCUCUUCUGAGGCUGCUGCCAGUGGUCAAAGCCUCCAACAAAGCUCUGCUGAGUGGCUGUAACCUCUCAGAGAGAAGCUGUGAAGCUCUGUCCUCAGUCCUCAGCUCCCAGUCCUCUAGUCUGAGACACCUGGACCUAUGUAACAAUGACCUGCAGGAUUCAGGAGUGAAGUGUUUUUCUGCUGGACUGAAGAGUCCACACUGCAGACUGGACACUCUCAGUCUGUCAGGCUGUAUGAUCUCAGAGGAAGGCUGUGCUUCUCUGGCCUCAGCUCUGAGCUCCAACACCUCGCAUCUGAGAGAGCUGGACCUGAGCUACAAUCAUCCAGGAGACUCAGGAGAGAAACUUCUGUCUGCUGGACUGAAGGAUCCACACUGGAGACUGGAGACUCUCAGGGUGGACCAUGGUGGACUGCAGAGACUGAGACCUGGUGUGAGGAAAUAUGUCUGUGAACUGGAACUGGACACAAACACAGUAAACAGAAACCUCAAACAGUCUGACAACAACAGGAAGGUGACACAUGUAAGAGAGGAUAAGCCAUAUCCUGAUCAUCCAGACAGAUUUGACUGGUGGUGCCAGCUGCUGUGUAGAACUGGUCUGACUGGUCGCUGUUACUGGGAGGUCGAGUGGAGUGGAAGGGUUGAUAUAUCAGUGAGUUACAGAGGAAUCAGGAGGAGAGGAGACAGUAAAGACUGUUGGUUUGGAUACAAUGAUAAGUCUUGGUGCCUGAGCUGUUCCGAUGAUGGUUACUCUGCCUACCACAAUAACACAAAAACAUUCAUCUCCUUCUCCUCCUCCUCCUCCUCCUCCUCCUCCUCCUCCUCCUCCUCUGGUAGAGUAGCAGUGUAUGUGGACUGUCCUGCUGGCACUCUGGCCUUCUACAGAGUCUCCUCUGACACACUGAUCCACCUCCACACCAUCAACACCACAUUCACUGAACCUCUUUAUCCUGGGUUUGGACUCAGUUCAUAUGGUUCCUCGGUGUCUCUGUGUCCUCUGCAGGUCUGA